AUGAAGGUAGACUGUUCUAAUCCGCCAAAAGAAGUACUGCUUUGGCACACAUUUUUUGAGGAGGUGAAUCAGUUCGACUUCGAUCAACGGCCGGAAUUCCAAGAAUCACAAUUCAAAAGACCACAAUUUUUUGAUUUUGUCCGUUUGUUCAUUGAAGAGGAAGUUCGCUACACUUUCAUGACCAAUGUUUGUAUAGUAUUAAAUGGGCUUAUGAAGUCAGACUAUAAAUUUUCGAGACGGCCAACUUGUACCUCAGGCAUACCAGAUUUCAAUGGCCACUAUAUAAACAAGUUGAUCUUGACGAUUGAGAUGAAGAGGGAACUCGUUUUAAAAGGGAUUGGUGAGGCAACAUUUCCAGAAUUUUAUAACGAGAAUAACACAGCAAAGAUGGUAAUUCAACAGUCAGAACCUCCAACGGUACUCAAGGCUUAUGCAUAUAUAGCUUUGCGAGCAAGACCUGAUCACAUUUCUCCUCACCCUGAUGCAAUUUUGUCAGCUUCCAGCACCGUACCACAAGAGCAAAAUUUUAGCUUUGAGAUCUUCAAGUUUAAGAGUAUAUUAGGCGAAGGACGAAGUGGAAAGACACUCCUAUGUGAAUUCUGUGGAAAUACAAUUGUCUUGAAGAGCACUGAUCUAUCGAAAACCCCACCACAUAUCUUGGAAGAAAUGCAGAAAGAAGUCGAGAUCUAUAAAAUUCUUGCAGACAUUCAGGGAAAGUACAUUUCAAAAUUGAUGUGUUAUGGUUACUAUUCAAACAGAAUGAGCUUUGUUAUUGGUAUGACUCUUGUUGGUACUACGUUAAAUGAUCAUAAGAAGAUAACGGAAUGGCAAAAGAUUAAGACUCUUGAGGCACUAAAGGCAAUUUACGAGCACGGCAUUCUUCACAAUGAUAUUCGAGAAGAAAAUAUCUUAGUUAAUGACAACGGUGAUAUGUAUGUGAUUGAUUUUGGGAUGGCCAGUCGAGCAGACUUAAAAAAGAAGAGGAAGUUAUUUCACCAGGAGCAACUUGAAUUAUCUCAUUUGCUAAAUCUGUAUAUUGUGUAA